UUGGGGCUGGAGAACUCAGAACUGUGUUUGGAAGGAGGCAGGAGACUGUAGGAUCCAGACCCUGUGUGGCUGGGUAGGGUUCAAGUUGAAGUACUGGGAGGUGAGCAGGAAGGGGAGGGCCCUUUGAGAGAUCUUGGUCGACGGAGCAGUUGCCAUGGGAAUGGAGUGAGAGCCUGAACUGGAAGAGGUUACACGUUGUACGGGUCAGAUACCUACUGCUGCCCAGAGCAGGGCUGGAAGCCGAGCUGCAUUCCUUGCUGCAGACCUGGGGUUCAGAGGGUGACGCUUGCCAGUGCCCCCCAGCUCCGAUCCAGGCAUCAUGCAUCGGACCACACGGAUCAAAAUCACAGAGCUCAACCCUCACCUCAUGUGCGCCCUCUGUGGAGGGUACUUCAUUGACGCCACCACCAUUGUGGAGUGCUUGCAUUCCUUCUGCAAAACUUGCAUCGUGCGCUACCUGGAGACCAACAAAUACUGUCCCAUGUGUGACGUGCAGGUCCAUAAAACCCGACCACUGCUGAGCAUCAGAUCUGACAAAACCCUCCAAGACAUUGUCUACAAGUUGGUACCUGGGCUCUUUAAAGAUGAGAUGAAACGGCGACGGGACUUUUAUGCAGCAUACCCCUUGACAGAGGUCCCCAACGGCUCCAAUGAGGACCGCGGGGAGGUCCUGGAGCAGGACAAGGGGGCUCUUGGGGAUGAUGAGAUCGUCAGCCUCUCCAUCGAGUUCUACGAAGGAGGCAGGGACCGGGAAGAGAAGAAGGGCCUUCUGGAGAAUGGAGAUGGGGACAAGGAGAAGCAGACCGGGGUGCGCUUCCUGAGGUGCCCAGCAGCCAUGACCGUCAUGCACCUUGCCAAGUUUCUCCGCAACAAAAUGGAUGUGCCCAGCAAGUACAAGGUGGAAGUUCUCUAUGAGGAUGAGCCGCUGAAGGAAUACUACACCCUCAUGGACAUUGCCUACAUCUACCCCUGGCGGCGGAAUGGCCCUCUUCCACUCAAGUACCGUGUCCAGCCAGCCUGCAAGCGACUCACUCUACCCACCGUGCCCACCCCUUCUGAAGGUACCAAUACCAGUGGGGCAUCUGAGUGUGAGUCAGUCAGCGACAAGGCUCCCAGCCCUGCCACCCUGCCAGCCACCUCCUCCUCCCUGCCCAGCCCUGCGACUCCCUCCCAUGGCUCUCCCAGUUCUCAUGGCCCCCCAGCCACCCACCCUACCUCCCCAACUGCACCUUCAACAGCCAGUGGGGCCACCACAGCCGCCAACGGGGGCACCUCGAACUGCCUGCAGACGCCGUCUUCCACCAGCAGGGGGCGCAAGAUGACUGUCAACGGAGCUCCUUGCCCCCCUUAACUUGAGGAAAGGGCUCUCCCUCUGCAGCCACCUCUCCAAGCCCCCCUCCCAAUUUUUCUGGGCCCCUUUUUCCACCUCUUCGAUUUUCCCCAGUUCCUCCCAUCUUAGGGGUGGGAGGUGGGUUUUAUAAAUAAAUCUAUAUAUAUGUACAUAGGAAAAACCAAAUAUACAUACUUAUUUUCUAUGGACCAACCAGAUUAAUUUAAAUGCCGCAGGAAACAAACUGUGUGUGUGUAUGUGUGUGUGUGGGGGGUGUUCAUUUUAGGGGGUCUUGUGUAAUUUGCUCUGCUCCUUUUGGGGGUGCCUGGAGGUGAUCUCCAGAGGUCCCUGGGUUCUAUUUCCCAAGACAGACAUUGGGGCCCCAAAGACCCCAAAGUUUCAGAAACAGCACUAGCUGGCUGGGUGUGGGUUCUACCAUUUUUCUAACCAUCUGGGCUGCUCCCUGCCACUGCCCAGCUCCCCCCCCCCCCACAAUUGUUGAAUGUCCAGAGAAUUGCUAAGACAGUGCCUUUUACAAGUGCGGUUUGUCCCCUGGCUCUGAGGAGCACAAGUGGCAAUGGAGAAGGCAUCUCCCUUGGCCCCUCGGACAGUGGAAACUUUGUGCAAAGUGUAGACAGAUAGUUCUGCCCCCCCUCCCCCCGUGUGUGGCCUUUGCAUCAUAUAUCUUGUGGGAGAGAAGAUUCGGGCAGUGGCAGGACCCAGCCCUCGAAAGUCCACGUGUGACUCUGGCAUUGCGACUGCUUCACCCUUGGUGCCCUGUUCUGGCCCAGGAACCCUCACUAGCAAGACUGGAGGUGGAACUCACUGGGGCCUAGAGAAGAGGGGUAGGAGUAGAUCACCUCAGACGAGCACAGAUCCCAGUUCUGCCAAAGGCCCACAGCCCUCCAGCCCCCUCCCUCCCCCAAGCUGAGGCUGAGCCAGGACAGAACAGAGGCAUCAAGAAGCACAAGAAAAUGAAGUGUGAGCUGGCCACCUGAGAGGUCAGCAGACUACCCAUGAGGGGCUGACCCCUGCCCACCUGGUUUUCCUCAUGUACACAGAUCUGGGAGCAAGUGAAGGAGGCUGGGCUAUCAGCCCAGGUGUGGGGUGAGGACUCCCUGUGGUCCUGAGUCUGAGGUCCUUUGUACCCUCCUGCCCUGGGUCAUUUGUAUCUCUUGGCUUUGUAAUAAAUGCUGCGUACUCUC